AUGCGCCACUCCCUCUUCCUGCGCAUUGUUAAUGCGUUGUCCGCGCGUUACCCCGAGUUCCGGCUCCAGCGAGACGCAGCAGGGAAGCCCGGACUAUCGCCCCUACAGAAAUGCACUGUUGCCAUCCGGCAGUUGGCAUACGGAGGGUCCGCCGACAUGUUCGAUGAGUAUCUGCAAUGCGGCGAGACGACUGGCAACGAGUGCCUGAAGAAUUUCUGUCAGGGCGUGCGAGAGAUAUUUGGGGAGCACUACCUUCGCUCGCCGGACGCAGCUGACUGCCAGUUCCUACUGGAUUGGCACUGGAGGACCCACGGCUUUCCGGGGAUGCUCGGCAAAGCAUCGACUGUAUGCACUGGCAGUGGAAGAACUGCCCAACCGCGUGGCGAGGCCAGUUCACUACCGGCUACAAAGCGGAUCAACGGGUUAGGCCCCUCCAUCGAAUUCACGGCCAAUGGCAAUGUGCAUAACAUGGGGUACUACCUGGCUGACGGCAUCUAUCCGCAAUGGCCCGUGUUUCUGAAGACGAUCAGAUGCCCACUCGGAGAUAGAAGAAGGUAUUUUGCCCGAGCGCAAGAGUUUGCGCGCAAGGAUGUGGAGAGGGCAUUUGGGGUGCUCCAAUCGCGAUUUGCACUGGUAAAGGGCCCGACGCGCUUUUUCUACCAGGGGGAUAUUGCCGAUAUCAUGUAUGCGUGCAUCAUCAUGCAUAACAUGAUCAUCGAUGAUGAACACGAAGGCGUCCUCGACGUCACCAACGACCCAAGUGUUGCAUCAUCGAGUCACGGUGUCUCAACCGAGUCCGCCCGCCAGGGUGUACCGCACAACGAACAUGAACGGUUCCAGGCGUUCAUGGACAUACACCAGAAGGAGGCCCAUCAAGCACUACAACACGAUAUCAUCGAAGAAUUGUGGAUUGCUUGGAACCACAUGCCGAGUAGCUUGCCUAUGUAUCGCAGAUUGAUUGCUUAUGUAUCACAGAUUGCAUACUACGUUGUUGUCACGUUGUCACUUUAA